CGUCCGAAGAAGAAGCAGAACACGAGAAGUAGAAGAUUAGUCACUGCUCCUGUGAAGGUUAAAUUGACUCGGAUUUGGAAAAAAGUGAUUGAAGAACAUGCUGAGGGCUUGUCUGAAGGGAGCUAAUGCCACAGCCCGGAAGAGCUUCAGGGGAACCCUUCUUACCAAUCUGCAAAGCUGCCGGCACUACACAGCAGGAGAGACCAGUGGUGCAGGAAAAGUGGUUGCUGCUGGCUUGGUGACAGUAGGCGGUGGCAUUGGAGCCACGAUACUCUAUGCCAAAUGGGACCAAAAGUUCAGAACAACCGUGGAGAACAAUGUUCCAUACUCCGAUUGGCUGUUUGGUCUGGCUUUGGGACCUUCUCAAGAUGUCAGCCUUUCCAUACAGAAACAGAUUGAGUUGGCACAGCCUCCCUCUAUGAUGGAAAAACAGGUGAAGGUAUCCAAAGCCAAGUCGGAAAAAAAAGUGAAAGAGGCAUUCGAUCAGCAUCCAGCCAAUGAAACAAGUCCUAUCGUAACGCAGCCUGUGCAGAGCAUAGAGGAAGCUUCGACAGAGGCAACUCAUAUCAUCUCAGCCAUCAGUGAGGUCCCAUCAGUCCCUGCUCCAUGUGACACAGAGGCAGCAGCAGUCAAAGAGGAGUGCAAGGACUGUCACAACCAUAAGAAUACCCCAGUAACACAAGUGGACCCUGACAUGGAGUUACCUGCAGUAACAGAACCACUGAAAGAACGUCCAGUCGACGAAGUAUCCGCUAGAUUGGCUCAACAAGACCAGGAGGAACAGCACAUCCUAACAUCUGUAUCAACCAGUCUUGAAGACUCACUGGCCAGCUCUGCAAAAGCUACACUGCAGGCCAUUGGAGCUCAGGAGGCAGCCCUGCAGGCUAUCACACAACACAUACACAAACUGAAGGAGGCAAUGGAAGCAGAGGUUCCGCCACAGGAGAAGUCAGCCCAGUGGAAGGAUCUAGAAGCUGCCCUUGCUGAUAGAACUUGUGCUGUGAAUGAUGCUGGAAGUGCUCUGUUAAAAGCCAAUGAAACCUUGGACAGUCUCAAGUCACUGAUCGAAAAAUUUAAAGGACUGAAGGUUGCUGCAGUUCGUCCACUGGUUUUAGCAGCAGAGGAGAAUCUCUAUAACAUGGUGGUGGACUUGGACAAAGUGGUCACUAAAGUGCAGUCUGCAGAAUCAGAAGCUAAGAUUGUCUCCCAGUACAGUGAACUGGUUAAUGAAGCCAAACAACAGUUCCAGAGGGAAGUAAGCAGCCUUACUCCAGAGAUUCAGGCCAACUGGAAGGGACUCGCUGGUAAACUGUCAGUAGAUGACCUGAACGCCAUGAUCGCCCAUGCACACCGUCGCAUUGACCAGCUGAAUCGAGAGCUGGCUGAGCAGAGAGUCAGAGAACAGAUCCACAUAGAUGCAGCACUGGAGCAACAGAAGCUGGAGGACCAGAAAAGCCUGGAGAAAGCUGUUAACACCACCCUGCAGCACGCCAAGGAGGAGGCCAGGCUGGAACAGGAGAGAAGGCUGUCUGAACUAAGGGAUGUGAUGGAGGCAGAAAUGAGGACUCAGCUUCGGCGUCAGGCAGCUGCCCACACAGACCAUGUCCAAGAUGUUCUUAAGGUCCAGGAGCAGGAGCUGAGAGCUGAUGCUGAGCAGAUUCUGAGCAGUAAGUUGCUGGAACAGGAGACCCGCAACCGUCAGCUGAGCCAGGAACAGCUGGAUAACUUCACUUUGGAUAUGAACACUGCCUAUGCAAGACUGAAGGGAAUGGAGGAGGCCAUAGACAGCCAUAUGGUGGCAGAGGAGAAGGCCCGUAAAGCUCACCAGCUCUGGCUCUCUGUGGAGGCUCUGAACUACACUUUAAAGACUGCCGACACUGAUUCCCCCACUGUCCCUCUAAAGAGUGCUGCUAAGGCUGUGCAAGACUGCAGCCAUGACAGCGACUUUGCCUUGGCUCUGUCAUUGGCUCUUCCAGAAGAAUCCUUGCAACGUGGUGUGUUCAGUGAGGCUUCUCUUCGUGCCCGCUUCAACUCCUUACGACCACUGGCACGCCGUGUCGCCCUUAUUGACGAUUCUCACAACUCCUUGUACCAGUAUUUAUUGUCUUAUCUUCAAGCUGCACUGCUGUUUGAGGAUAAACAGAAAGUCCCACCUGCCCAGCUGUGCAGUGAGGAUUUAGACCCAUUCAAGAUUCUGUCAUAUGCAAGCUACUGCUUAGAGCAUGGAGAUCUGGAAUUAGCAGCUAAACUGUUGAACCAAUUGAGAGGAGAGGCCAGGAGAGUGGUGGAGGACUGGCUGACUGAAGCCAGACUCACACUUGAAACUAGACAAGUAGUCAGUUUGUUGUCUGCUUAUGCAAAUGCUGUGGGCUUAGGAACCACCCAGACACCAUAGGCUGCCGGUCUCAUUUAUUACAAGAAAAUGUCUUGAGUAUCAGGCACUCAUCCACUGUUGGCUUUGUGUACGAAGGCAGCUGUAUUCAGCUUGUGCUUGCUACAUUGUUGUAUUCCUAGUUAAAGUUAAUUCAAGUUAAUCAGUUGAUGGAUGUUGAAAUGCAAUGCAAGUUUAUUUAUAAGUCACAGUGGACAGUUAUUUGUUAAGAAAUAUAUUCUAGUCUCAUCAGGCCCACAGGUUUGGUUCAUGUAUUUAUUUCUGACAAAUACAAUUUUUUUUUUUUUCAAGUAAUGUGGAAAAUGAUUCCUAAACUGUAUUGAUUUGUCAUGCUGAAGUUUAUUUUGCCAUUGCACAUUACAAUAAAUCAUGAACAAGUAUGCUA